UGCUGCUGUCGUUUCAAAAUUGAUCCAGAUCCGCCGAUCUAAACGAGAACGACACGAUGUCCGGAAUAUUGGAAUGGUAUCGGGACGUGAUGUACAACAAGAAUGACCCAAGGACCAGCGAAUGGUUCCUGAUCUCUGGUCCAGGUCCGAUAGUGACGAUAGUGGUGACGUACAUCUACUUCAGCGUCUGGGCUGGUCCUAAUUACAUGAGAGACAAGAAGCCAUACUCGUUGAAGACGCUGCUUCUCGUCUACAACUUCACCCAAGUACUAGCGAGCAUCUAUUUGGUUUACGAAGGCCUGAUGUCCGGAUGGCUCUACAGCUACAGCUACACGUGUCAGCCUGUUGAUUAUUCAGAAAGCCCAGAAGCUAUGCGGAUGGCGAGAGCGGUGUACUUCUACUUCAUCUGCAAGCUAGUCGAGCUCCUGGACACCGUCUUCUUCGUCCUGCGAAAGAAGCAACGCCAAAUAUCGUUCCUCCACGUCUAUCACCACGCCAUGAUGCCGAUGUGCGGAUGGAUCGGCGUCCGGUUCGUAGCCGGUGGUCACCCAACGCUGCUCGGCGUGAUAAACUCGUUCAUCCACAUAAUCAUGUACUCGUACUACAUGCUCUCGGCGAUGGGACCGGAAGUGCAGAAGUACCUCUGGUGGAAGAAGCAUCUCACCUCGAUGCAGAUCAUACAGUUCUGCAUAAUAUUCGUGCACAACGCCCAGAUGUUGUUCAACGAUUGUAAAUUUCCCAAACAGCUCACCUUCCUUCUUCUCGCCAACGCCACCGCCUUCCUCUACAUGUUCGGAUCGUUUUACGUUAAGAACUACAUGAAGAAGGCCUCGGUAAAGUCUCAGAAGGUCGUCCAAAAUGGCAACGUCGUUACCAACGGCUCGGCGCAAGCUUUAAAAGCCGAGUAAAUGCAUCAACGAACUUCUUUUUUUCAUCCAUCUUUUGU